AUGUCAUAUGCGGAUCGCGAAAAGGAUCCUUUUUUCAUUUUCGAUUCUUUUGUUAUCGAAACUACUACAUGGAAAUUCUACUUCCUACGAGACGUUGCUGGUAUUUCACUUCUAAAGCAUGACAGCGACCUACCGUUGGAUUUCUGGUUAGUUUUUGCAUGGAGCGAGGAUCGGACACUAAAGAGGUUUAUGAACGUGUAA